AUGUCGUCAUCGUAUACCCGAUCCAAUUUCACAUGGAAAUCAGUACGGAAUCUAAUAAAUCAUGGAGAAACAAAACAAAGAUUUCAAACUUCAUCCGCAGCUGUGCAUGAACCCCACUCUCCUCUUGAGGAUUUUUACACGCUUCAGAUGAGCCGUUUGUUCUAUCUAAUUGUCUUCUUCCAUCUCCUAACAGCUUUGCUUGUCGUCGCAGCACAGUAUUAUUUUUUAUCACUGGAAUACCCGCUGCGAUACACAAUGAAAACUGUCCAAACAAGGAGUGCUGUUGAAUCGAACCUUUCACACAGGCGCGGAAUACGAGAAAACAACAAACAUUCGCAUAACGAGGUGUCAAAAGUCCAUGUUCAGACUCCUCGGCGUUUAUACUUGACUUAUCAACCGCCGGAUGGCGGGUGGAAUAAUCACCGUAUUGCCCUCGAAAAUGCACUUAUCAUGGCUAAGUUGCUCAAUAGAACAUUGAUGGUGCACCCAUUGGCAUCGCACGAUAUGGCGAUUUUCUCGAGACGGAAAAAUCUCGUGUUUUGGAGAAAUUUAGAAAAAAGAUGGGGAAUAAACUGGGUGUAUAAUCUUAUGGCUGAGCGAGAUCUGGUACCCAUCUCUGAGGUUCUCGAUCUCCAACUUAUGCGUAGAGUUUUGGAUGUUCAUGAAGUGAAGACAAACCACAAAAAGUUCUUGGAAGAAUUUGCGAAUUUCAAAUGGCAUCACGUCUGUCAUUCUGAUGCUUUGGGAUUUUGGGUGGAUGCUAUUCCGUCGGAAAACGUGAGUUCGACCAGGGAGAUCGAAUUUGUCCCGAACAAUAGUUCGAGGAGUAUUCGAGCGUGCCCGAGAGAGAUCGAAAGAUAUAUGAACGCAAGCAAGCCCGUAAUACGACAGAUUUUGAGCGAGCUUAAAAACGAACGUGCCGAUAUCAUCUAUUUGUCUCAAGACACUAGCUACAAGGCAAAUGUUCGAUUGUUCCACAAAGAAGACGCAAAACAAGCGCUGCAGUGGAUUCUUGAUAACAUCAAAUUUUCACCUCAGAUCUAUCAAAAAGCGUUUCAGAUUUUGUCGAUUCUUCCUCAACCUUUUAACGCCAUACACGUGAGAAGAACCGACCACAAAAUAAGCGCUAGCAUGGCGCCAUCUCACUGGUUGAACAGCAUGGCACAAAAACACUUCCUCAAGAUCUCCGCUGCCCUGUACGUCGCCACCGACGAACCAAACAAGGCCUGGUUUGAGCCUUUCCACCGCGCAGGUUACCAACUGUAUUUUUCCGACGAGUUUUUCAAUCCUUCGGGGCGUUCUUUUGAUAUGGAUAUCAAAGGAUUGUAUGAUCAAGUGAUCUGUAUACACGCUAAACUUUUCGUAGGGUCGAAGAGCUCCAGUUUCAGUGGGUUUAUUUACCGCUCAAGAGGUGAAGUAAUGAGAAGAGAUGGAUUAAUAUUGAGUCAUAUGCCAGUUGGCUGGUUUGUGCAUAAACUGAAACGUCAAAAUUGA